GUUGCAACUACAGUCAUCAUUUCACUUUAUAUGUGUACUUCUUUCUCUCUUUCCCUCUCAAUGGAACAUCAGUCCAAUCCAUGGCAUCAGUCCAGACCGAAAAGAAAAAAAAGAAAUCCAUGGCAUCAUCAGAGCUCAGCAAAUAAUGAAAACCAGCUCAACCUAGAGCUCGGACUUGAGCCAUGUUCAUCAUCCUCAUCAUCAUCACCCCCAUCACCUCAGACUCUUACUAUGCCUGGAAAGGGCAACAAGCUUUACUCGUGCAACUUCUGCCAGAAGAAGUUUUAUAGCUCACAAGCUCUCGGGGGUCACCAGAACGCGCACAAGCUCGAGCGGACCCUAGCCAAGAAGAGCAGGUGCUCUGCCGUGAAACAUCAUGCGGCGACUUCAUGUGGUCAUCAUGGACGGCCAUCUCUUCAACCUGUGGUUUUUGAGAAUCAGCCACACUUGGCCAGGCUUGCUGGGGAUGAUACGAGGUAUGCUGGGAUCAAUCUGAUGAAUUGUCCAUCUUGGUCUCAAGGGUACAUCGAUGUACCUGAUGAUGAAGGGGAUCUCCAGGAGGAUUUUAGCCAGCUCGAUUUGUCGUUAAGGCUUUGAUAUGCAAGAUUGGAGACGUGUAAUAAUCCGAGAACACCGAUCAACACGUCUCUAGACAUACAAGUGAAGAUCUCGUUUGAGGGAUUGGAGGUUUGUGGGGUUUUGAGCUUAUUUCUUGACGUUAUUUUACGUAUGUGCAGAUCUCAUUUACUGAGAAGUUAGUAGUUCUGCAUAGACUUACUUUCGGGCUAAUUUACUUAAUUUAUAUGGUAAUUGCUGUAGAAUCAUAGAUAUGGUUUCUAG